AGUGCUCGGAGGAGGUGAUGUCUAUUGUGGCGAUGUUAUCGGCUGGCAACACCAUCUUCUACCGUCCCAAGGACAAGGCUAUGCUUGCAGACACGGCUCGCGUUAACUUCAACAGUCCUGGGGGUGACCAUAUGACACUUCUCAAUGUGUGGAAACAAUGGGAAGAGAGUGGGUUCUCGAUACCUUGGUGCUUUGAGAAUUUCAUCCAGCAUAGGUCUAUGAAGCGAGCCAGAGAUGUACGCGAACAAUUGGUUGGACUUAUGGAGAGGGUCGAGAUAGAAAGCACCACAACGGAAGACAACACACUCAUCCGUAAAGCCAUCACCUCAGGGUUCUUUUAUAACACGGCCAAACUAACGCGCUCGGGCAACUACAAAACUAUCAAGCAUCAACAG